UUAACAUUAUGGCACACAUUGGUUACAGAAUAAGAGCAAGAACUCUAUAUUAACUCAAGUCCCGUCGUUCCCUUGAUUAAAUCUUUAUACACUCUCUUUGCCAACAUGAUGUAUUCUUCAAUAUCUUUCGCAGUAUAAAUUCGUCUAUGCAUACACAAUUUCGAAACCUUUAUGUUAUCAGUUGUACUUAAAUAAACUAAAACGAAGCUUCUAUUCUUUGGCCCGACACUAGAUAUAGUGAGCUGUAAACUUCAAGCUCUCGUCACUUAAUGUACGUUAGAGCAACACACGGUAAUUACUGAGAAGAAUUCUGGCGCGUCAGUGAAAAGAAGAGAUCCAACCGUCCAGGACUUCCUAUCGAUAGCCAGUCUCUUGCCGAAUGGGAUAACCACCGGAUAAAGAAAAACAAAUUGAAGAAAUAGAUUUUAAACUCCAUGCACCGCUGAGGCACACUGACUUCGUCUCUCACUGCUGUGUAAUAGUAACGCGGCAUGUGGACAGCUAGUGCCUUGCUCUUCACGACAAUUCUGUUCUGGAGUGCCGGACUGGACCGCCAACGUCUGAAGAAGAUUGCCGAAGUAGUAUUUACAGUUCAGCGGCAUUUGCACUCAGGAUGUGUGUCGCUGUUACUUUCCUCAGCAUUAGAGGGAACUAACGCUAACCUCGUGUUAGUGAAGUUGCUGUCUGCAAAAGGAAUUACCACUACGACAUUGUGCAUCUCGACUCUGAACGUCACACAUGACGACACAAAUUGCCGACUUAAUCGCCCCCUUUACGUCAUGACACACGAUGCAACGCUGGAAUUAAAACAACUGACAGCCACAAUGAGUCCCACGGGUCCAACGUGGCUUUUGUUCUCGGACUCUGCGCUGAAGCUGGACCAUCUUUUCACUGAUGUCUAUAUCCCAUUGGACUGCGAGUUUUUAGUAGCACGCGAGGAUCUAGCGGGAAACGUAACACUGCAUGAGGUUUACCGGAUGAAUAGGACAAUGCCUCUUAUGAACCUCCAAGUUGCCGUCUGGAGCCCCCAAUUUGAUGUCUUGUGGGAUAACAGAUCGCUGUACGAGCGGCGAAACAACUUGUAUGGCGUCACCAUCAAAGCUACAACAUUUGAGAAUCCGCCUAAUGUUGAGCCAAAGUACAACGCAGACACUGUAGAGAUCGGAGGAACGUUUGGAAGGGUGUGGUCCAUCCUUUCAGAAGAACUGAACUACACAACUGAAGUGUACUUGCCGGAAGUCAAUGGAGCGGGCGCAUCGUCCGGAAACGGGACUUGGAGCGGAGUGAUACAGCUUCUAGUGGAUGGGACGGUGGACGUUGCUGUGGGAGAUGUCACCAUGACGUCUCACCGAGCCUCUGCCAUCGACUUCAGUGUGCCUCUGUUAAUAAGCAGAGUCUGCAUCUUCAUUCGAAGACCCGAAUCUUCCUACCAAGCGCUGAAUAAUAUCUUGGCUCCAUUCAGCUCCGAACUGUGGUUCACCAUUCAGGGGGCGAUGGUUGGCCUUGCAGCUUGUCUGUCCCUUGUUUAUCACGUGGGGCGAAGGUAUGAUGGCCUCGAGAGACCGGAUCUCUACACGCUGCCACAAGCACUGCUUUGUGUUUUCGAAAUAUUCUGUCAGCAAGGCCACGACGAGACGCCCCGCUCAUGGUCCUGCCGUCUCAUAUACUGGGUAUCCUACAUGGCAGCCGUGGUGCUGUUCGCCGCCUACUCUGGUGCUCUGGUAUCGUUCCUCGCCAUGCAGCGCGUCGAACCGCCCUUCAGAACGCUCAGAGGCCUGAUGCAGCAUGGCGGCUAUCGCGUAGCCACUGUGGCCAACUCGGCGCACUUCAACAGCUUCGACCAAACCACAGACGAGACGAUGCGGAACAUUUAUGAGAAGAUGUUUGACAAGAACCUUCCCAACACCACGUUAGAGGGACUGAAAAACUUAUGUUCCAUUAAAAAUUAUGCAUUCAUGACGACGUACGAUACCGUGUUGUUGUUCUGGAAAAAUGCCAACUGCAGUUUCAUGGCGCUGAAGGAGGCCUCCUUCCCCGAGACUCUCAGCAUCGCUUUCAGUAAAGGGAGCCCCUACCUUGGAGUAAUCAACUUCAAGUUGCAACAGAUGCGUGAUACGGGUGUCCUAUAUCGCAUACUCAAUAACGCGUGGUCCAGUGAGGCAAACGACGACAGGGCGUUAUGGACCAGCGUCAGUAUAGAUGCACUGACACCGAUGUUUAGCAUCCUAACAAUAGGCAUCCUGCUGGCUACAGUGUUGAUGAUCCUGGAGAGACAGGCGUUCUACCUGGUGCAGAGGCCGGGAAAACGCCAAAGGAGCGGCCAUCCGCAAACCAGGAACGGCGCGGAUUUCUAUUCAUGCAAGCUGACAUUCUUGUUUCCUAUGAUGGUGGUAAGAGCUCUUGGAGUUUUAUUCCUCGCCAUGUUGACAAGUUCCCCAACUUCAGAAAUGUGUGGUAAGAUGACAGCAGGGGUGAUAAAGGAUUUAGGAAAGUUGUUCCAUUCAGGAGGAGCGUAUUUUUUGGUUUCUUCAGAACAAGUUGCUGAAGACUGCUGGUCCAAUACGGUGAGACUGCUCACUAAUGAACAUAUGCCGACAGCAAUAAUAAGAUUUGAACAAGCUUUCCUUAUUCCAUUCCCGCCAGAGAGGAUGUCUGUCUACGUGAUGUACUCUGUUGGCAUGGAAGAUAUAUCUGCAAUGCAAGAGCUUCUGGCUAUGUUCGACAUGCAUUUGGCAGUAUGGCUGCUGUUUCUCGAAGACAACGUCUCGGUGGAGUACUAUUUCAGUGGAGUGCACGUGCCUUUCAAUUGUCGCUUCCUGGUGGCGAAAUGUACAGGCGAGACCGUUCAGCUGACAGAGGUCUACCGUGUCACCUCCAGCCACCCGUUGACUCUGAGACACUACGGGGUUUGGAAGCAGGACCAUCCCUUAUCCUUAAAAGGGAACUUUUACGACGGCAGAAAUAAUCUACAAGGACUCAGCAUGAGGGCCAUCUCUAUGAACAACCUUCCCUACUCCGUCAUGGAAAUGGAAAACAGCAGCUAUAAACUGCGUGGAUCGAUAGCACCAAUAUGGCGAAUGAUGGAAGAAACACUGAACUUCACUACUGAGUACCAGUUCUCAGAGGACAAUUUUGCGGGGUCCCUCGCCGAUAAUGGAUCCUGGCGUGGGUUGAUCGGCGUGUUGUCGAGACAGGAGAUAGACGUCGCCGUCUCUGCUAUAACGAUGACCCCGAUGCGAACCGAGGUUGUGGAUUUCACCCUACCCAUCUUCCUCAACAGCUACAAGUUGUUCAUCCGACAACCCAAUGCGGUCGACGUGGACUGGGGAAAUUUCUUGGCGCCAUUUCACUCCAGUCUCUGGCUCAGCAUUCUGGUGAUCAUCUUCGUAGUUUCAGUCCUGGUAGAAGCCUGUCACCGACUCGUUCAGCGCUUCGGGAACUCUAGUGCCGAGUGGCAGCAUCGCCCUUUCUUCCAGGACUCGCUUUUCCACGUCUUCUCGGCGUUUUGCUCGCAAGGCCAUGACAUGACAUACAGGACGAUGUCUAUCCGCGUGCUGUUCCUGGCCGCUCACAUGACAGCGGUGGUACUGCUAGCAGCUUACUCUGCUGGCCUCAUCUCAUCUCUCACCAUGCAAACCAUGAACCUGCCAUUCUCCACCUUCGAGGAACUGUUGAACGACGGUACUCAUGCGGUCGGUGUUGUCAACAAUUCAGCAGCAAUAUGGCUCUUCAGCGAAACAAAAGACCCGUUGCUAAGAGAGGUCUACACGGAACUGAUUGCCUCAGACCCAGAGAACUUUCCAUCUACGACCCUUGAAGGGAUGCGACGUGUGUGUUCCAUAAAAUUCGCCUUCUUAUCGCAGAUGUCACGAGUGCAAAACAUCAGACACGAUAUCCCUUGCAAGAUAGUUGACCUUCCUGCCACCUCCAUAACGGUUAACCUUGCCAUCGCUUUCACGAAAGGCAACCCAUACAGAGACGUCAUAAACCACAAUUUGCGGGGGAUGCGAAGAGCGGGGAUACUUCAGAAGCUACAGCUAGAUUACGGCACGAAGGGGCAGCGGGUGGCGGUCAGGAACGACCUGGAGAGCGUGAACCUGGGUGACGCGGCGCCGCUACUCGUCGUGUUGGGGGUCAGCGUGCUUGUGGGUGUGUUCCUGCUCGUGCUAGAGCGCAAGGCGCGUCGGAUGAUGAUGUGCCGCUCCUACGUCACAGACCAGUCCAGUCGGCUUGGGACAAAUAGAAACUGGCCCUCUUGAAGUUGUUUCCUUACUGCUUUCUUCCAUUGAAGAGUUUGCACUACAGUAUCAUCGCAACGAAUCGACUUCCUCGUUCUUAGUUCAGCUGGGUCAAAGGCGAGGUUAUGAUAUCGUUCUGAGUGAUAGAUUAGACCUCGUUUGCCUCAGUGAGUGUCGGGUGGAAGUUAAUGAACUGAAAUAAUCCAAGAAGUCUAGCGUUAGAGAAUGUUUUCUCUAAAAUCUUACGUGACUACCCAACGAAUAAACCCGGACCUUCAUGAUGUGAAAAGACUGGGUUUGAACUGUUUCUUUGUCGUUGGGUUCAAAUGACGAAAUGAAACCAACAAAGACAGAGCUGAAAUUGUUAAAAUAAAUCUUACAUUAUUUAUGUGCGAUGAUCCAACUAAUUUUGAAAUAAUAUUCUGCUAUUCAGUUGGAUUUAUUUAAUCGAUCAUAUGACUGGUCGGACUUACCAAAUUAUUUAAAUAUUUAAUUAUUUAUUGUCUAACUGAUUAGUUGCUUUGCUGAUUCAUUGAUACACUCGCUGAUUGAGUGAUUGGUCGUUGAGUGAUUGGCAUGUCAGUCUGUGCCUGCGUUAUCAACUGCAAAUUUUGUUAGGAAUAGAAAAGAAUUAAAGUUAUUCGUGAAUGAUGAGUUAACAGAGAUCCGAAUGGAGUGGUUAAUGCCUAUUUCAAUGUUGGCAUUUGGCUAAUGAGACGGGAAAACUACGAAUAACCCCAAUAAUGACAAUUACCGUUUAUUCGGACAUUUUAACUUUGUACCUUCCCAAUAGAGUUUAACCGUGAACUUUCUGCUCCGAAGGCAAUCUUAAUAAAUUCGUGAUCCGGAUUUGACGAAGAAACGACGUAGUUUUGAUGGAGUGGUCGUACUACUGACCGCUGAAAUAUUUGGAUCUAGGGUUCUAUUCUUGCUCGAGGGAUGCAUAUUUGUACGCAUUGUGGCAUGCGUCUACAAGGAUUACAGACUUCUGCAUCCAUAACUAAACAACUGACAAUGAGAAUUAGUUAGGAAUAAAGCAACAAAUAAUUUUCAGAUUUAAAAAAUAAACAAAUGUAUAGAGAACGAAAGUUUUGUCACCCACAAUUUCUUGUAUUUUAUUAACAAUAAGAAUUCUUUUGGACCAAUAUGCGUCGGUCAUAUAAACCAACUUCUGGCUCUGUGUAUAUUGUAACCGAAGCAAAGUUACAUAAAAUUGUGAGUAUAAUUAUACAAAGCUUGACAUCUAGUCAUACAAUAAAAUUAUUUUGAAAUAUUCUGGUUAUACAGAUUACAAUGUUUGUCUGUUUUAAGAUUGUAAACUUAAUUAGCUGAGCGACUAAUAGCGUCAUCAUGAAGUUACUUAGACCAAUAUUACACAUUUCAUAUGUUGUUUUGUUUACCUUUUGAUGUUUCAUGUAGGGCUAACGUCCUUGUAUGUGAGAGGCCUACCAAAGUUACUUUAUGUCGAAGUUGAUAAAUAAUGGUAUAGCCAGUAUGAAUAAUAUGAAAAUGGCAUUGCUGUAGGGAACUUCUUCUAAUGCCUACCAUAAAUUCCACCCAGUUUAGAUCACAACUCUGUAUGUUGUGAAGUAGUGCACUAUUCGAUAGGCAAGUACGACUAUUCUGAUAAGUUUUUACUAUUUUGUUCAAGUUCCUUGUACGAAUCCCAAAUAAAUGCCUUCAUGUAGACGCUAA